CACAGGCAGUGUAGAGUGAAGUGCAGUGAACGGCAGAGGACACGAUGCGUGCAGUACUUUACAUUUUGAUGGUACUGGCCUCCAGUACAGCACAAGAAUAUUCUACAGAUGUGAAUAAUGAUAAGUUAAAUGCGGUGGAACCAAACCCUUCCGUUCGACUUGAUCCAUAUAUCCGAAAAGCUUUACUGAAAGCUUUGAGUGAUCUUGAAGAAAACGAAAAUAUAACCGAUAUUGAAGCGACAGAUUCAUCAUUUAGUUUACAACCGACGAGUGCAAGUGUGCAAGAUACAUCACCCACACAAACCUUCAAAGAGAAUAUACAAAUCCAUUCAUUCGUCGUAAAUGGACAGGAAGCAUUUAAAAACAGUACAAAUGUGAAACCAACUGUAUUGGAUCACAAUAUUUCAAUAUUAAGCUCAACGGUAGGUAACGUUGAAAACUAUGUAACAGCCACGUUACCUACACAAUCCCCAUUUAAUGAAAUUUUCCAAGCAAAAGAAACUGGAGUGAACUUACAACAAAUCAGAAGUAUAAGUCAAUCAAAGAAAAACUAUGCUGGUGCUGGACUUAAUAAAGUCACGAGUAAUAAGCCACGUUUGAUAUCGACAACUUCUUCUACUACCACUACUACAACAACGACGACAACAACUACUCCAAGACCUACCCACGAUGAAGAUGGACUUAACAUUGAAGAAGUAGACAAGCGUGAUGUUCAAGUAUUUCAAGCUCCUCUAGUUGCAGCCUUUACUGUACAUCAAGAUGCACAUGGAGUUCCGAAGCAAGUCGUACCAAUUUAUCAACAGAUCAAUGUCCAACAACCACUGAAGCCAGUGUUGUCUACGUCUGAAAUUAUAUCCCCUACUAGUGCUCCUAAACUAUCACAUGAGGAAUUUAUAAUACAACAACAAAAUUUACAAAAUCAGUUAGCAGAGAAACAAAGGAUAUUGGAAGAACAACUGAGGUUUUUGCAAAUACAGCAAAGACAACAAGAUGAAUUGCUGCGUAGGCAGCAAUACUUAUUACAACAAAAAGAAACUCUAAGGCAACAAAGUCUUCAGGUCAAACAACAGCAAGAACCCAAUAGUAUUAGUGGAAUACGGUCGCAGACAUCUUCACUCCAACCAAGUAUAGCAGUAGGACAAAAUACUUUGGUAGGUAAUAUACAACAACUACCCAACCGUGAAGCUGUUGACUUUCUUAUAAAUCUACGUAACCAACAAUCAGAACAAUUUCCAUUACAAAAUAAUCACCUUCCACCAGGAAUUUCAUCAUUUCUACAACCAAACUCAGCUAUAAGCUUUGCCCAAAAUCAAAACACAAUCCAAAGUUCACAGGGAAAUAGAGUAUUUCGUCAUGAAUCUGGAGUUGGUAACCUAGGAGUAAACAAUUUUAACUUUAAUAGAUUCAACCAAUUUGGUCAACCAGUGCAUACAAAUGGAUUUUUUCCCAUAAACCGACCUAAUCAACUUAAUUCAGAUGAUGAACUGAAACAUUUGCUCUUUCAAACUGGACUUAAUGGUAGGACUCAUGAAGAUUUGAACAUCGUUACCAAAGUUUUGUCUCUAAAUCACGGAAUACCAGUGAAUACAUCUAACAAACUCUUUUUUGAAGGUAGGCGACAAGUAAGACCUUUUUGAAGUUUUAAUUAUAACUUUGCACAAAGUUCAUUACAACUUAUCUUCCCAGCAUCAAAAUGCGACACAAAUCCCACACACCAUAACUAGGUGUCUUUUUACAUUAUUUAAUUGUUUCAUUUCUACGGAUGUCGGAAGUCGCAUCAAUGAUUCAUAUGAAAGCCCACAUUUUAUAUUCUAUUCUGAUUAUAACGUACAUCGUUGGAUUUACAUAUUAUAUUUAUAUACCAUUUAUGUUUCAUACAUUUAAAACAUUAUAUCUUAUAUUUUGCUUAUAACAAAAAUGUAAUAAUUGAAAUGAAAUUUAUGGAAUGUUUAUUUUAUACAUAUUAUUUAUUUUUCCAUUAGAAUACAUUUAUAUUUGGGUUUCUAUUAUUUCGUAUAGUUGUAAUAAACUUUACAACAAAGAUUUUUAGUAGUUGUAAUUAUUAUUGUUUACUUAUACAAAUCAUGUUAAGAAAUAGCCUACCAAUUGCUCUUUAGUUUUAAGUAUACAAGCAAAUACUUUAUAAACAUAUACCUGAGUAUUUUAGGUAUUUCAGAUGUCACUACAUCCAGUUUAAAGUUUAAUAAUUCUAGUCAAUAAGGAAAAUAAUCUUAAAGGGCUGUUCGUGCAAAUACAGCAGUAUUGCUUGAAAAAAAACUAACAUGCGCCUGCGAUUCCAUUCUUUAAUUGGUUUUUGGUCAUUUAUUAGUUACUUAUUUUUGUUGUACCAAACAUGCGACAGUAGGACCUAGUAGUCGUUUCGAUUAAAGAUACUAUCUUUGUGUGUAAUGUGUGAGUGAGAAAGAACGAUAAGCGAAUCCAUUUUAGAUUAUCUUCUCAAUUGACUCACCUUAUAGGAUACGAAUAAUAUUAAGUUGAUCACAAAUUGGAACAAAUUUGAAAAUGCAAAAAGAUCUUAAUGGGGCUCAGAACUGCUAUGAAAACACAAGUAUAAUUAUUGUGUUAGUGUAAGGCAUCUCAGACCUUGUCUUUAUUUCUCGCACACUUUGUUUAUCUAUGGUAGACACAUACUCUUUCUCUUUCGUUCGUUAGGCUACCAAGUCGGCAUCAGCUUUUUUGUUAAAUAGAUAAGUGAAUAAGAUUCUGCUAUUAUAUAAUUAAAACUCGAACCUAAUAGUCUAAACACAUGGUCGGAUUUGGUAUGGCCAUUGUCGGACUUAGUCUGCCGCACUGACCUGUAUAAAUACCACUGGACAGUCUGUUCCAUAUGUUUGACAGCAAUUUUUUUGUGCCUAUCUGAAGCGCCACACAAUUUUGACGUAAAAUACAAAUGGCUGCAAAGGAACGUACAAUACUCUGAAGUAUUUUUGCAUUUUGAAUUCAUUUCAUUCGUUUUCCGUGUUAUUUAUACUUCAAGAAUCAACGUUUUAAAGUACACAAUUUUAUCGUAAAUAGUUUCCCACCAUCUAUCGAUGCUUGCUGAGGUUGUCUUCAAAAGUUUUAGUACCGCUGACAUUCGCUACAUGGCCAACAGCGCCAAAAUGGCGAAUAUGAAACAGGUACAAAAGCACUUUGACAGCAGCCAGUCCAGUCGUAUAUAGUAGAGCUCAGUGGAGUACGGUCCGGACGGUAAUAAUAAUAAUUUUGUGCAUGGGCAAUGCAACAUACCAUCGAAUAUGGUCUGCUACCAAACCGCGUCCGAUUAUUCAGCCGUACCAAAUCCGAUCAUGUGUUUAGGCUAUAAGGUCAGACCUGCACGCGCAUCUCCUUAGCCGGACUUUAAAAAAAUAAAAUAGAAAGUAAUUCGCCGCAUAGUUCCGAUAUGUACAAAUCUAUGUCCGUUGAGGUAAACAUAAGUGUAUUACAUAUACGAAAUAAUUGACACCCACUCUUUGCCAUACGUGUAAGUAGUCGAUAGUCAAUUUCACAGAAGUUUUAUGAACAAACGAAUUUUUAAAUAAUUUAUUUUUAAUGUUUGUAUUUGUAAUGUUUGUUGUAACUAUUAUAACCAAAUGUGUAAUUAUAGAUUUAAAAGUA